UGAUUCCCAUAAGCUCAUCAAAAAUAUAAAAGAUACCAACUUUAACCAGAACCGAACAAAAACCUCAUAAAAAUUCAUGGAAUACUUGUCUUAUAUCUAGCUUCUCCACUUGUUCACUUCCAAAACCCCUCAAAUCUUCCAUCAAUUUUCAAGAUUCAAAAACCAUUCAAUUCUCAACCCAAUUAACUACAUACCAUUUUCAAUGUUGCCUUUUAAAUCAAUCCAAGAGGCUGAAAUUGCCAUUGGAAGAUCUCUUAAUACUGCAGAAACUAUAUGGUUUAAUUACUCUGUUAACAAAUCUGAUUACUAUCUUUAUUGCCAUAACAUCCUUUUUCUUUUCCUAAUCUUCUCUUGUGUCCCACUUUAUUAUCUUUUCCUUGAAAUUUUCUUCAGAAAAACAGUUCAGUCUUAUAAAAUUCAACCAAAAGUCAAUCUUUCACUCACUGAUGUAUUUCGUUGUUAUAAGUCUGUUAUGCGUAUGUUCAUCCUUGUUGUUGGACCCCUUCAACUUGUUUCUUACCCUUCAGUUAAGAUGAUUGGGAUUAGAACAAGCUUGCCCUUGCCAUCGUUAUGGGAAAUUUUGUUGCAGUUGGGAACAUACUUUAUAGUGGAGGAUUAUUUUAACUAUUGGAUCCAUAGGUUCUUGCAUUGUAAAUGGGGUUAUGAAAAGAUUCACAAGGUUCACCAUGAAUACACAGCUCCAAUAGGCUAUGCUGCUCCAUAUGCACACUGGUUAGAGAUUUUGAUCCUCGGGAUCCCCUCAUUUAUGGGGCCCGCUAUUGCGCCAGGUCAUAUGAUUACAUUCUGGUUGUGGAUUGCCUUGAGACAGAUUGAGGCUAUUGAGACUCACAGUGGAUAUGACCUUCCAUGGACUCUCACAAAGUAUAUACCUUUUUAUGGUGGGCCGGAUUACCAUGACUACCAUCACUAUGUUGGGGGCCAAAGCCAGAGCAAUUUUGCUUCAGUUUUCACCUACUGCGAUUACAUAUAUGGAACUGAUAAGGGCUAUCGCUAUCAAAAGAAGGUCCUCCAGCAGUUAAAGGGAGCUUCAAAUGCCAAUGGAGGCUCAGGGAUAUUUGCACAAGAUUGCAAAGAUGACUAAGUCCAAGAUCUUCAGAGGCCUUUGGAAUAGUCUGGUAAAACUCUAUGAAGCAUCAUUUGUUUUAGGUUGACCAAAUCUGCUGUUCAAAAUGUGUUAAAGCAGUAGGUAGGAAGUUUUCUUCGUGGUGCUUAUGAGUAACUACCUCUAGAGUGGUGGUUCUUUGUUGUCUUUGGGCAGUACUUGGACACCAAACUUUGUUUUGUUUGCAGAUAGUGUUCAUGGAUCCUUUUAAGUUGUGAAAUGAAGUUCAGCUUGUAGCCUGA